CGUGCGCCAGGUGAGGCUGACGCCCUUCGGGGCCGACGGCCAGAGCGGCCCCUCGGCGCCGGAGCCCAGGCGCUGGUCCCUGCAGCACGUUCCAGAUGCUUCUGGAAGUUCCGGGAAGCGGUGCUUUGUCUUCCAGUUGCAGCAGCCGCAGCCAGGUGCGCCGGGGCUGGCCGGCGACUUCAACUUCGGUUUUACCGGCACGAAGGGGGACAGGUUGGUGAGGUAUCCCCGCAUCCGGCUGGAGAGGAGCACCUCCUACCCGACGCAGCCCCGGGCGGAGCGCGGGAGCCCCACGGAGGAGCGAGGCCACCCGGGGCACCCGGAGACGCCACCUCGGGGCCGCAGGGUGGCCCCCGAAAUCCACAGGGCGAAUUCCGUGGAACGGACGCCACAGGGUCAGGGGUGCACAUUUAAGAUCAGGCAAGAUCAAAACGCGGGGCAACAGCAUUUCAGAAUUCUUGUCACUCGGGGGCCAGAAGAAGCUCUCCAGAACCCCGAAGAUAGUAACGUCACCAGCCCUGGUUCCACGGUGGCCGGGGCCCCGACGCGAGACGACUUCCUGGGCCAGGUGGACGUGCCGCUUAGUCAUCUCCCGACAGAAGAUCCAACCAUGGAGCGACCCUAUACAUUUAAGGAUUUUCUCCUCAGACCGAGAAGUCAUAAAUCUCGAGUUAAGGGAUUUUUGCGAUUGAAAAUGGCCUAUAUGCCAAAAAAUGGAGGUCAAGAUGAAGAAAACAGCGAGCAGAGGGAUGAUAUGGAGCAUGGUUGGGAAGUUGUCGACUCGAAUGACUCGGCUUCUCAGCACCAGGAGGAGCUUCCUCCCCCUCCUCUGCCCCCCGGGUGGGAAGAAAAAGUGGACAAUUUAGGCCGAACUUAUUAUGUCAACCACAACAACCGGACCACUCAGUGGCACCGACCAAGCUUGAUGGAUGUGUCCUCCGAGUCCGACAGUAACAUCAGGCAGAUCAACCAGGAGGCAGCGCACCGGCGCUUCCGCUCACGUAGACACAUCAGUGAGGACCUGGAGCCAGAGCCCACCGAGGGCGGAGAUGGCCCUGAGCCCUGGGAGACCAUUUCAGAAGAAGUGAAUAUCACUGGAGACUCCCUCAGUCUGGCGCUGCCCCCACCGCCAUCCUCCCCCGUGUCUCGGACCAGCCCACAGGAGCUGUCUGAGGAACUGAGCAGAAGGCUUCAGAUCACUCCAGACUCCAAUGGGGAGCAGUUCGGUUCUUUGAUUCAAAGAGAGCCCUCCUCGAGGCUGAGGUCGUGCAGUGUCACGGAUGCGGUUGCAGAGCAGGCUCAUCUACCACCGCCCAGUGCCCCAAGUAGGAGAGCCCGUUCAUCAACUGUCUCGGGUGGUGAGGAGCCAACGCCAUCAGUGGCCUAUGUACAUACCACGCCGGGCCUACCCUCAGGCUGGGAAGAAAGAAAAGACGCUAAGGGACGCACAUACUAUGUCAAUCAUAACAAUCGAACCACAACUUGGACUCGACCUAUCAUGCAGCUUGCAGAAGAUGGUGCAUCUGGAUCCGCCACAAACAGUAACAACCAUCUAAUCGAGCCUCAGAUCCGCCGGCCUCGUAGCCUCAGUUCGCCAACUGUAACUUUAUCUGCCCCUCUGGAGGGUGCCAAGGACUCACCCAUCCGUCGGGCUGUGAAAGAUACCCUUUCCAAUCCACAGUCCCCACAGCCUUCACCUUACAACUCCCCCAAACCACAACACAAAGUCACUCAGAGCUUCCUGCCACCCGGCUGGGAAAUGAGGAUAGCGCCAAACGGCCGGCCCUUCUUCAUUGACCAUAAUACAAAGACUACAACAUGGGAAGAUCCACGCCUGAAAUUUCCUGUACACAUGCGAUCAAAGGCAUCUUUAAACCCCAAUGACCUUGGCCCUCUUCCUCCUGGUUGGGAAGAAAGAAUUCACUUGGAUGGCCGAACCUUCUACAUUGAUCAUAGCAGCCAGGUGUUAUGUGGAGAGAGUGAUACCAGAGAAUCAGUGCCCUCGUACGAUAGCAAAAUUACUCAGUGGGAAGAUCCAAGACUGCAGAACCCAGCUAUUACUGGUCCGGCUGUUCCUUACUCCAGAGAAUUUAAGCAGAAAUAUGACUACUUUAGGAAGAAAUUAAAGAAACCUGCUGAUAUACCAAAUAGAUUUGAAAUGAAACUUCACAGAAAUAACAUUUUCGAAGAGUCCUAUCGGAGAAUCAUGUCAGUGAAAAGACCAGAUGUCCUAAAAGCUCGACUGUGGAUUGAAUUUGAAUCAGAGAAAGGUCUGGACUAUGGGGGUGUGGCCAGAGAAUGGUUCUUCCUACUGUCCAAAGAGAUGUUCAACCCCUACUACGGUCUGUUCGAGUACUCUGCCACGGACAACUACACACUUCAGAUCAAUCCCAAUUCAGGCCUCUGUAAUGAAGAUCAUUUAUCCUAUUUCACUUUUAUUGGAAGAGUUGCUGGUCUGGCAGUAUUUCAUGGGAAGCUUUUAGAUGGUUUCUUCAUUAGACCAUUUUACAAAAUGAUGUUGGGAAAACAGAUAACUCUGAAUGACAUGGAAUCCGUGGAUAGUGAAUAUUACAACUCUUUGAAAUGGAUCUUAGAAAAUGAUCCUACUGAACUGGACCUCAUGUUCUGUAUUGAUGAAGAAAACUUUGGACAGACAUAUCAAGUGGAUCUGAAGCCCAACGGGUCAGAAAUAAUGGUAACAAAUGAAAACAAAAGGGAAUAUAUCGAUUUAGUCAUCCAGUGGAGGUUUGUGAACAGGGUGCAGAAGCAAAUGAACGCCUUCUUGGAGGGAUUCACAGAACUGCUUCCUAUUGAUUUGAUUAAAAUUUUUGAUGAAAAUGAGCUGGAGUUGCUGAUGUGCGGCCUUGGCGAUGUGGACGUGAACGACUGGAGACAGCAUUCUAUUUACAAGAACGGCUACUGCCCAAACCACCCUGUGAUCCAGUGGUUCUGGAAGGCAGUGCUGCUGAUGGACGCUGAGAAGCGUAUCCGGUUACUGCAAUUUGUCACAGGGACGUCCCGAGUACCGAUGAAUGGAUUUGCCGAACUUUAUGGUUCCAAUGGUCCUCAGCUGUUUACAAUAGAGCAAUGGGGGAGUCCUGAGAAGCUGCCCAGAGCUCACACAUGCUUUAAUCGCCUUGACUUACCUCCAUAUGAAACCUUUGAAGAUUUACGAGAGAAGCUUCUCAUGGCCGUGGAAAAUGCUCAAGGAUUCGAGGGGGUGGACUAAGCGCCCCCGGCCUCGGGUGGUUGUCCGUCGAGCAAGUCCUGCUUGCACUUUUGCGUUUGCCUAACAGACUUUGCAGAGACGGUGGCAGAAGAGCAGUUGCACAGGGCGGCUCCUGGAACAGAGCCUUCCCCCGGGACUUGCCCAGGUUCAGACGUGGAACCCCGUCCCGGGUCGCGUUCCUGCAUUUUCCACCGCAAAUUAUCAGCUGGUUGAUGUGUAUUACAUUUCAGGAGGACUUAUUCUAUUUAUGUUGUGCCUCUGUAGGCGAAGCCCUUAAUAAAUAUUUUACAUACUUUAUAAUGACAAUGAAUGGAAUUAAUCACUCUACAGGUAUAGUAUUACAACUCAUGUUUACUUUUUAAAAUGAUUUAGACCGAUUUUCAGAUUUUAUUUCAUUACGAUUAAAGAUGUCUCAUUGUACUUGGAAAAGCGAGCAUAUUUUUUUUUGUAUUUGAAUUUCAUACCAAGUUUAAUGUCAGUGACGUUUUUAUUUUUGAAGUCCUUUGACACCCUACCCUCUGCUUUAUUGGAAUUGGAAGACCGAGUUUUGUCCAAAAACCUUCUGUAGGCGAGUACUUUGAGAGUAUUUAAAAUAUAACAUUAGGCAUAAUGAUCGUUUUUUCCAUACUCAGAGAGAAUGAAAACAAACUGGAUAUUACAUUUUUUGUACAAAUUUAGCAUAAUAGCUGCAGGCUGAGAGAAUUGUAACAUAGCAUGACAAAUUUUGUGUUGACUUGAAGGAAUCACACCAUUAUUCCUUAGAAGUAAUUACAUGUGCUAGAACACAUUUGAGACAGGGUUGGAUUAUCAUUUCUCAUGGGAGAAAUUACUUAACCCUUCCCGAUACUGUACAGUCAUUCUUUUAUUAUAUUUUCCUCUUUGCUGUGCGUAGUAGAGACAUUUGAAUGAAACUUGGCACUGCUUGAUUU